AUGCUGGGCAUUGGCACAGUAUCUUGGCAUUCCUCUGAUUCGUCUCCGGGCGAGUUGCUCUCAGCUUCCCGUCGUAUCGGCAACUUGAAUUCCACCGCCUUGUUCUCAUCGUCAGAGAUUUCUGAACGUAUCGAUGAGAAUAAGGUCUACAAGAACGUGGAUCUCCCUUAUGCAUAUCGCUUCAGUAUCAUGCCGAACGGACAUCGGCCUCAGGGUGGAGUGGGACAUUUCCAAGAAGUCGCUUUUGUGUUUCAUAACAUCAAUGGUGAUGGAUAUGAUACUAAUCCAUAUGGUGGUAAUGGGACAUACCCAGCGGAUGCGAAGGCUAUGUCCAAGACGAUCAGCACUGCCUGGAUCAAUUUUAUUAAUGGCCUUGAUCCUAAUGGAGAUUCAGGGUCGGAACUAUUCAGUGGUAACAAGUGGCCUAUCUAUGAACCGUCUUAUGGCCUCAAUGGGAGGGGCAUGGUCUUCAACAUCAACGGAACGUAUAUUGAAGUGGAUGGUUGGAGAGCUGAAGAGCUUGGUCUCGAUGUGCAAAACUACGCGAAGGUCAUGGCUGAAGGCCUCGCAUUUCUUCAUUGGGUUGCACGCAUCGAUGCCAACGACUUUGAAUUCGUUCUUGCUCGUUCACGCUCUACUUUACACUCACAUCCAUGUAGUCCAUUCGAUACAACCAUCUUUGGGAUGCAUUCAAUGUGGAUUCUAGACUUUGACUGCUGCAAUCCCGUCACAAUGGAUGGCAAUGGUGCUGCAACCGCUGCUGAGUGUUUUUGGCGAAACGAUCCGUAUUACCCUCGACCUGGGUCUACAGACGCUUCUGAUCAGGAGCUUUGGUGUGCUUUCAAGGACCAUUAUCUGGGGAAACGACUGCAACACCCAAUGUUUGCUGCAUAUCUCGAAAAGCUCGCCAAUGCUGGUGGGCCUGAGGUCACCUACGAGGCAGGCUGUCACUGUGGCUAUAUCGGCCUCUCAGUAGCACUCUCUCCUCCUCUACCCAAGCAUGAGGUUAUAAGCUGCAAUUGUUCCAUUUGCCGUCGUGGAGGUUACCUUCUUGUUUACCCCGCGUACGAUAAAGUGACAUGGCACAACGACUCAGAUAAGCGUGUCUCGCGAUAUCAAUUCAACACAAAGGCUCGCGAUCACAUGUUUUGCCCCAAAUGCGGUGCCAGCAUCGGCAUCGAUUUUGCGAGGGUAUGGCCUGAGGCUCCUCGCUAUGGCAUCAGUGUACGACAAUUCAACAACGUCGAUCUUGACUCACUUCAAUACAUUAAGCUCGAUGGCUUACAUACCGCUGAACCGGGAGUUGACUUGUCGGGAAAAGAGUUUGAUCCAAAGGCAAACGAAGCCCCUGCUUCUAGUUCUUGA